AUUGACACACUUCGACAAUCACAGCACCCAAUGUGACAACCGCCAUGUCCUUACUUGCUGCUCACGACCAGGAGAAUCUGGUGCACAGUCUGCAGGCUGGCGCCGCUGUGAAGGGCCUCAAUGCGGGCUUCAAGAGCACGAACAAACCGCCCAAGACACCAUUCAAGGUCCCUCUCAACGACGAAAAUGCCGUGAACAAAGGUGGAAAGUCUGCGCUAAAAGCAGGCGGAAAAGCUACCAAUGCAUUCGUUACUCCAGCCGGCCCUCGCACCGUUCGCGCUCCUCUUGGCAUGAAAACGACCAAUGCAAAAGCCCAAGCCUUCCAGACUCCCGCGCCCCUCUCCGCUUCUGCAAAAACCCAGAAACUCAGUCCCCGGUUGCGCCGAGCCAAGGUCAAGGUCCAUCAGCCAGAAGUUCAAGCUGAGGAAGAAGACGAUGUGCCCGAAGUGGAAUACGUGCCUCCGAAGGAGAUCCCUCUACCGGAUGAUCUGGACGAGGACAUGCCACCCAUCAAUUGGGACUUUCCCAUGUUCAAGGGAGCCAAUAUGACGCGUGGAGUGUUCUCCGUAUACCACAACCCCGUUGAAGACGACGGCCGAACCCGCGGAGAGCGCGAACUCGAGGAAUCUCUUGCAAGAGAGAAGAAGAAGGCAAGCGAAGAGUUUGACAAACUCUUCGCGGAGAUCAUGGCCAAAGAGGAUGCGGAGGCGAGACGUUACCUAGGCAUCGAAUCGCCCAAGAAACCGGCUCCCAAGGAACAGCUCCCCAAGAAGCAGCAGAUUCCCGCUCCUUCGACGCUAAAGGCCAAAGCUGCUGCCGCUGCCCUCUCGCCCGCGCCUCGUCCUCGCCCUACAUCGGCUAUCCCAACCGCAAAAUCCAGACUACCGACCAGUCUGCUUGCAAGCAAGAAGGCGCCCACAAAACCUACUCUCAACCCCUCCGCUUCCCGCAACGCCGCGGCCGUGGCUGCCUCCAAAAGCACCAUCGGCUACGCCCAAGGCCGCGCAGCGAGUUCCUCCAUCGCACCCCGCAAACCUCUCUCCAACGUUUCCCGCCCGCCCCCAAAUGUCACUGUCCCUAAACGUCCUACGACCACCUCUUCCCGUCCGACCACCGCCUCGUCUAUCCGCAGCCGCUCCGCAACAACCGCAUCCACGGCAGUCACGGCACCUCGACCCCGCGCUCCCUUUUCCCGCUCAAGCUCCACGUCCACGAACGCCACGCUCGUCGCUUCAACCCAGCCGGAACAGGAGCAAGAGCUGGAGCUGGAGACGUAUCGCACGGCCGAGGACGUGGAGCGGGAGAUGGCGCUCCUGCUUCUGCAGGAGGAGGACGAGGAAGGGGAUGCGGCGUGGAUGGAGAGCUUCAAGGUGCAGCUGGAGGGCCCGGAUCCGGUGGAUGAGGAGUAUGAGGGGUUUCAGUUGCAGCUGCCCGAGGGGUUUUAGAGUCGGGGAUGUGGAAUUGGUUGAAGGGUGAGAAGGUUGAUUUGGGCGGAGGGGUUAUGAGGGUUCCUUUCCACUGUUUGAGGGGGUGAUCUUUGAUGGGGAGCGGGCUUCUGGAUAUGGAUACGGACGUGGUUUUUAGGAGCGCGUGGGCUGGCGCUAUUGGUAUACUGUCGUUAGUGCUUGCUGUGGGCCUUUUCUUCUCCGAAAAGAGCAAUGUUCUUUUUUCGGUAUUGGUAUUGGUCCAUGGGGAGCUCUGUGGCGAAGACCUAUUGAUGUUUCCCUAUUCCCCCCUUUUCCUUUCCUCCCUGGCAAACAGUACUAUACGAGUGCAGGGAUACAACCACUUAAUACCUACUCUUCUUAUUCUCCGAGGUUUCUGUACUUGGAUGGAUGCUAACCCAUGCCCUUGCGUAUAUUCGGG